AUGAAUCAAGGUGGGUUUGUUACUGGUAGAAUGAUCUCUAAAAAUGUUGUACUAGCUCAAGAGUUAGUACAUAACUUGAAUAAGCGCUCUCGAGGCGCCAAUGUGAUAAUGAAAGUGGACAUGGCAAAAGCUUUUGAUCAGGUUUCUUGGGGAUACUUGUUAGAUGUGUUAAAGGCAUUUGGAUUUGCUGAUACUUGGGUCACUCUCAUUAAAAAUGCUAUUUCUUCACCACGGUAUUCAGUUAAGAUUAAUGGUGUUUUAGCUAGAUUUUUCACUCCUUCCCGUGGGCUUCGGCAAGGUGAUCCAUUAUCUCCAUUGUUAUUCAUCCUCAGAGAAGAAACUCUAAGUAGAGGCCUAACAAAACUUCUGGAAGAUGGCAGAACAGCUCCUUAUCAGUUAAUUAAUGUGGCAAAGAGUUCUUUUAUAGUCCACAAGCGAGUUGCAACAUCUAGAAAGCGCAUCAUUGCAACCACUACAGGAUUUAAAGAAAGCUCCCUCCCGUUUACUUAUCUUGGAGCCCCUCUCCAUUAUGGCAAACCAGUCUCCUCUAUGUUCACUCUAGUGCUUGAUAAAAUAAGGAGAAAAUUAGCGGGUUGGAAAAGAAAGCUUCUGUCCAUGGGUGAUUUUUUUUUUUGGGAGACUCUGAAGAUGGUUUUAGACGUCAUUGGAUUUCUUGGAAGAAUAUCUAUUUUCCACAAGAGGAAGGAGUUUUGGUUCGGCAUUGUGGAAUUCCAAUUGUCUCCAAGUGUCAAUGUUGUCCACAGGGACAUGAAGAAACAAAAGAUCACAUCUUCGCAACCGGUUCUAUUGCGCUUCAAGCAUGGCAAUACUUUGUUCAACACAAGAGCAUCUUGUAGCUCGACUUUUCCCACCUCUUCUUUCAUGGGAGCUGUGGUUGGCCAGAAAUUCUGCAAGAUUUAA